CCUUCUCAGUUCUAGCUCUUGCACCUCACUUGUUACGACUCUGAUAUUACAUACUCAUAUUCGACACAGCUUAAUCCCCCCAUUGAUUUGGACGAUCCUAAGCUUGCCUAAAAUGGGAGUCAUUUGCAGAAAAAGAAAAUACGCGUCGAGCAGUUCGCUCGAAGACUUUGACCCCAUCACUGGUGCAUGUUCCGUUGAGAAAUUUGCUGCAAGCAAGGAUGCCUUUAGAGUUGCACCUACUCUGAAACUCCCAAUCCCGAUGCCCUACGACUCGAAGAGAUGCUCGGCGAAGGUCCGAGACAUCACAGAGGUGCUGUUUGACAGCAUCAUAGAGGCGGCAGGGACGUUUGGGAUUUCAUGCCAGACGAUAGAGGUUCACCACAUGUGGCAACGAGGUUUCCCUCAGACGGCGGGAGAUACAAUCAUCCUCUCAACGCUUGAUGUAAUCGCAACACGAUGGGAGGCAGCCGCUAACUAUAUCCUCGGCAUGGUUGAAGAGGCAGUGGUGGACAUUGAGUUUCGCAUCGAAAUUCGCAACCCUGAUCUUAUGUAUUCUGACAUAUCGAUGCCAAUUCGAGAUCGUGAAGUCUGCAAGGUACUUACGGAGAUCGCCCCACCCUUUGAAGCAGAGGUGGAGAGGAGCUGUCCCAGCCUAUGGACUAGCAUUGCCUGCCAUUCCCGGAGGCGCUAUGAUGCCUACGAAGAUCCUGGUAACGCUACCAUCGUCCUUUUCAUCGAACCAAAGUCGGUAUCCCUAUGGGGAUUAAUCGAGGAGCGACUCCGGGAAGUCAUGGAGUCGGUCCAGUCCGCACGCGAGUUUAACAUCUCGCUCGAGAUUCUGCCUGGCUUUAAUAUACCUGCCGUCACGCCGUCUGAAGAGAUGCUCGAGGAAUCUGCUCGGUAUCAAGGAAGAGUACCUGCAUCACCGGCGAAUGGUGCCUCGAUUGGGCCAAGAGUAAGCACCACGCGGUCGGGAAGCAUAGGUCCUGUCGUUUACUUCAAGGCCCACGAUAAGGCAGAGCCGCAGAAGGGCAUAUUGACGUGCCAUCACGUCAUAUCUUCUGGAGAUCCACAAGGGAGACGAGAUAACGACAGGCUUGGAAUUGGCCUUAAUGGAAGCAAGGUGAACCGCCGUAUUGACAUCGACUGGCCGUCACGGCAGGACAUCGACUACACUAAGAAACGGCUUGACGAGGAUAUUCUGAAGGGCAAGGACAAGAAUGGCGAGUUAGCAUCCAUGCGCACAUCCGUAACGUCGAGGUUUACGCCAACAACUAGCAUUGGUCAUGUAGCAUUCUCAUCUGGCAUGCGUCUCAACGAUAGUAAGACUCGGAUGGAUUGGGCGCUCAUCAUCUUGACUUCUCCAGGGCCGGGAGAUGCCAUAGAGAAUGUGUUGCCACUACGGUCUGCGUUUGGUGACGAAUUCGAGGUCCCGGGUUUUGAAAAUUACAAGGUCGGGCCAGGGCACAAGGUUUCUGAUAUACACGAGCUCAUGCCAGGAUCGUGGGUAGCGAAAAAGGGCCGAACGACCGGGAUUACUGUUGGCGAGGUUGGGGAAAAGAAACGUGUAGUUCACUGGAAGAAUGGAAUGAAAUCCAUGGAAUUCGAGGCCUUCACAUACGCAACAGGAAUAAAGCAAUUUGCAGAGCCAGGGGACUCAGGGUCGAUGGCGUUCGAUCUUCAGGGGGCAUGGGUGGGGAUGGUCAUUGGGAUGGAUUCCCUGAAGGAGUGCGGAUAUGUUACGUCGGCUGGUGAGCUUAUUGCGGAUAUCGAGGCGAAGACGAAGGGAAAGAUUACCCUGGGAUAGUUACUAUGGCGGCACAUCGUGCUAAACGAAUAUAUCCCAACCCUCUCCGCUACGCCUUCUGCUGCGCAUACCUAUGCUAGGUAACUUGGGCGGGGAGGGGUGUACAUUACAGUCUACGCGCGCGGUGCAGGAGUGCUUCCGAGGAGUAACUUACCUUUACGAACGAGGCUGUGCAGGAUGAGAAAGUGGAUGGGGAUGGGCGAUGACGACGACCGCGGGCUUUGGUUGCAGCUGGGCGGGGUA